AUGAUGUGUUUGGUGAAUGAGAGGGCCUUGAAGACCCCUUCUCCAUCGCAUAACCGCCCAGCAUCACCAAGCUUACCGGAAAUCCUUGCAGAGCAGUUCUCCUCGGAGGCACCAAGUUCAGGUUGGUUCAGGCACUUACCAAUUGUGCAGGACAGAUACCAUUGCCUGGGUGGCAGGGCCAGGAUGGCCUCAUCUACCAUAUGGGCUUCGCAUCGGCUCCGAGUCCACUUGCUCCAACUACUCAAUUUCAACUGGGUGGACGUGACUAACGUCCCAAUAAGGAGAGUGCUGAGGGAAUCUGGGGUUGUGCGACGGCCAGCGACUCUGAUUCAGCACUUGUCACCUCAACCCGGAAGGGGCCUUUUCCACCAAGAAUGGAGCCUCCUUCUCCAUCGGCUCCCAGCUCAGCAUCUCCAAAUGCACCGGGACAUCUUGCCCAAGAUGCAUCAUCUCCCCAUAGGCAACAAGUUCAGGUGUUUGGUGAAUGAGAGGGCCUUGAAGACCUCUUCUCCAUCGCAUACCCGCCCAGCAUCACCGAGCUUGCCGGAAAUCCUUGCUGGUCAGUUCUCCCCGGAGGCACCAAGUUCAGGUUGUGCUCCAGACUCUUCCAUGGAGAGGGGAGUUCUAGUGAGGUUGGUUCAGGCACUUGCCAAUUGUGCAGGAAUAGCAGACAGAUACCAUUACCUGAGUGGCAUGGCCAGGAUGGCCUCAUCUACCAUAUGGGCUUCGCAUCGGCUCCGAGUCCACUUGCUCCAACUACUCCAUUUCCGCUCCACGGGCUCCUCACAUGAUCAGGGACAACUGGGUGGACGUGACUAACGUCCCCCAAAGAAGAGUGUUGAGAGAAUCUUGGGAUGUACCGCCACCACUCUCCUCAGGUCGAAGACAGAGAUUAUGUAGUAAUGAGUUCCCCAUAGUUGAGCCAAGUUGUCGAGGGCCUCCCUCUCCCUCCGGAACGCGUCUGGUUCGCGUAAAAUCCUGCACAAAAGACAGCAGACACUCGGGCAAAGUUUGUAGCAUGAGCACUUCACGAAAGGAUAAGAGGGGACGAACAGACGGACAUCCAUCUCUUCUGCAAAGAUUGGCCGCAGGUCAGAGGAGACCAUGACCGAGCAAUCUGAUGGGGUCGGAUAUGAAGACCAGUUCUUCAGCGGAGAGUUUUUUGGAGGUCCCAUCGAAAACACCCCCAUCGGCGAUAAUCUGGGAGACCAACUUGGGGACACGACCGAAGAUCCCACCGAGGAGACGUCUGAAGACACCCGAACACCCACGUAAGGGUGAGCUCGUCUCGCACGCCUGCACGAAAGACAACAGACAACUCGGGCAAAGUUCCCAGCUGUAGCACCUCAAGGAAGGGAAUGGGACAUACUUUCGAAAAACUGGGGAUUACGCCAGUUUUCCAUAGGCAGAAGCGA